AUGACAGUUCUAAAACAAACAGUCGUUGUUCAUGUUCUUUAUAUUCGCAGCGCUUCCAGCAGUAUGAAGUCAAAAAGUAUAGAGUGUGGCCCGCCGUUGUGGACGCCCACAUGUGUUUCAGAUAUGAUUCCCAAUGACAAUCCUUCCGGAGAUAAUGUUCUGAUGAUUGAUAACAUGAUUAGCAGAACUGAGAGAAUUCCUGCUUGGUGGCACACUGCUUUAACCGGUGAGGGACAACGUUUUGAGAGUGCGAAGGAAUUAAGAUUGGUUUUGCUAUACUAUUCCAUGGCCAAAAAAUUCGAGUACUUGUUUACCAAGAAUGAACCGAAGCGUAUUCGAGUCGUUUGUCGGUUCAAGAAAUCCCAAAAUUGCUCGUGGAUGUUAUUUGCCUCUCCAACACAAAAUGAGAACAGACUUGAAAUAAAAACCUUCGUGGACAAACACGUUUGUGGGAAUCAUGGCAAUAAUGCAGGUCAAUCUAGGGCCUCUCGACAAUUCAUUGCCACCCAAGUACUACCCGCGUUAAAGGUCCGACCGGAUUUACGACCUAUCGACGUACAAAAGGAGUUUCUAAGUUCGUAUGGGCUUAGGGUCGAUUAUAGUAAGAUAUGGUGGGGUAAAGAAAGGGCACAAGAGCAACUAUAUGGUGAUGUUCAUGAAUCCUACGAUCAAUUGCGAUGGUAUGUAGAAGAGGUUAAGAAGACAAACUCAGGUAGCUACAUUCAUGUUGAACAACACGAUGGGAGGUUUUCAAAGCUAUUCAUCUGCUAUGUCGUCUGCAUAAAUGGUUUUUUGAACGGUUGUAGACCACUAAUAUUUAUGGAUGGUACAUUUUUGAAAGGUCGAUUCAAAUGUAUACUCCUCAGCGCCGUGGCAUAUGAUGGAAAUCAGGGGAUAUUUCCACUAGCCUAUUGCAUUUGCGAUCAAGAAAAUAACGUCAACUGGAACUGGUUCUUACAAGGUUUAUGGUCUAUUCUCUACGAAAGGCCAGAUCCAUACAACCUUCCAUACAAGCUAGUUAUAAUAUCUGAUGCGGAUAAGGGGAUCAGAGAAGCAAUCAGAGAAUAUUUUCCAGAUGCUAUACACUCUAGAUGUGUUUUGCAUCUAGUUGAGAAUUUCAGGACGAAGUUGAGGGAUUUGGGUUUCAAGACAAAGGAUACUCAGAUUUUGAGGAAUCUUUUGCAAUCCGCUUGUUACAAAUAUACUAAAGUAGAAUGGAAUGACUAUGUGGACGACAUUAGACAAGCGGACGAACGAGCCUACAAUAUUAUCAUGAACUACGCUCCAGAGAACUGGGCUAAUACGUUUUUCCCCGAAAUUAGAUAUGGUCACGUUACAUCGAAUGUUGUAGAGUCAUUCAACAAAUGGAUACAUGAGGCUAGGCUUCUACGGAUACAUUAA